CCGAAACUAUAUAUAUUUAUAAGAGUUUGUCGAACUGAAGUCCACAGAGAGAAAGGACCAACGUAUAUAUACGUUCAAAGUAUGUCAAAGAACCUUUAAAACCUUAUCAAGCUGACAUCAGCUGCCAUAACCGGUCACGCAAUAAUACAAGCGAUAUUCAUAUAAAGACGCUGUGAUCUUGAGAACAGUCACUUGAGCUUCUGAAUUUGUGAGAAGCAAAACUGAGGGCAAUUGGUUGAACUGAAGUCAGAAGUUAGAGCAUAAUCAUUUCUAAAGCGACACAGAAAUGCUCAAUUGUGACCAGUAGUUAGAUUGUUUGGUUGAAACUUUAUAAACACCAAUUUCUGCGGUGUUUAGUAGCACAGGACACAGCCAAUAUCGAUAUCUACGGACUGAAUCCUACGUCCAAUAUACUUUGUUUGUUUUUCUAAAAACCAGGUUUAAAAUUUCAACUAUGAUGGAGUGGAGUGACAAUAUCACUGUGAGUUAUCUGACAAAUCCCACUGAGAGGUGGACAGGUAGUGAUAAGCUGAAUUCCAUAGAUUUUCUAAAACGACUACGUUUAAGUCGAAUGAUUUCAUUAAUUUUAAUCGCCAUCUUCACUGUUCUGGGAAAUGCUUUGGUGUUGAUUGUGACAUGGAAAGAAAAACGUCUUCAUCAACCAAAUAAGUAUUUUAUCGCUUUACUGUCUGUCGCAGAUCUUCUAGUUGGUUUAUUUCUGGCUCCAUUCUUCGCUUAUCAAUUUGACCUAGGAUACACGAGCAGUGACCGAGAUAAUAUGUCGAUUCAUCUGUGUCGUUUUAUGGUGUGGAUGGACGUCUUUGCUUUAACAACAUCUAUUUACUCGCUGACAUUUAUUAGUUUUGACCGAUAUCUCAAAAUCAGCAAACCACUUCUGUACAAAUCACGGAUGACCACUUCCAGAUCAAUAAAGAUCAUUUUCGCCAUUGUUCUCAUUUCAACGGUUUUUGCGACUUACUCUGCGACUCCUUACUCAGGAAGCACCGGAAUAUUGGCCACCGGGUCUGGCCUUUGCACUUGGACACUAGGCUUCAUGAUCAAGUCCCCAAUAUUCUACCUUUUUUUAACAAUAAGUACGUUUUUUUCACCCGCUGUAAUAAUCAUUAUUAUGUACGCACGCAUUUUCCAUGUCGUUCAUAAGCGAAACAAGAUGCUCAUGAAUGGGAAACUGGGUGAAACAAUCGACAAUCAGAACCAACGAACUGCAUUACUACGAGAUAUGAAAGUGAUCAGAAUGCUGCUGGUUGUCGUUGGAGUUUUCUUACUUUGCUGGGGUCCUUUGUUUACUUGGAUAUUGAUUUAUUUUUACCAUAAAAAUCAACGUAUUAUCUUUUCUCGAAUAAAGUAUGGGACUCACGUAUUUCUUAAUAUAGCAGAGACACUUCCACUAUUCAACAGUCUGUGCAAUCCCAUAAUCUAUGUCUGUCUUGACCAAACGUACAGGGAAGCUUUUAAGAAACUUUUUCGUCGAAUGAUGCGUCGACCAGACGCACGAAGACAGCCACCAAUAGCCUGAUAAGGAAACUUACAUGAAGUAGACAUCGACUAGUAUAAUUAUAUCUAAAAUUUAGAAUAAUU